AUACAUAUAUAAUACAAAUAGAAGCAACAGAAAAGUGCAAUUACAAUUUGCGUUUGGAAAUUUUGCGCUUUUUUUCUCUUUCGCCUACCCCCCAACUCCCCACCCCACAUUUUCUGUUUCUGCUUUUUGCUUCAUUUAUAAUGUGCGCUGCACAGAGCAAUCCGCCGCCCUUCGGCUACACUUGGGGUUUUGCAGACAACGGCAACCGUGCCGCAGAAUCAGUUUUGGAGAUAUCGCCAAAUAUUAACUACACUGUCAGUGGGGAAUCGAUGCCCUAUCUGUUAUCCACGGAUGGAUCAUUGGCCGUACAAAAGGAUGUUAAGGGCGCACUCUCCAGCAAUAAGGGCAAUGUCGUUCGUCGCAUGUUCGUCGUGAACGAUUCCUCAUUUGCGCCCGGAACACAAAGAGUAAUUACCACAGGCUCCGCAUCGACGGUGGUCAAAAAACAGGACUCUGGUCAGCAAGUGUUGAGCAUAAAUUCGCUCGAUAAGAAUUAUCUUUUGGUCGAUCAGGCAACAGCGGCAGCAGCUGCAGCUGCAGCAGCAGCGGGCGGAGGAGGUGAUCCGGCAGCGGCGGCGGCCCACCACCAUCAUCAUCAUCAUACAUUGACAAAUGGUGGCAGCAUUGUUGAUGCCAAAACUGGACAAACCGUAUUGACAUCGGCGGCGGCGGCGGCAGCGGCGAGCGCUGCGGCAGCCAAAUCGCAUUUUAGCUCUAUUGGUGCACUGCAUCUCACCCAAGAGGAGUGCAAUGAGAUACUAAUUAAGCGCGCCAUUGCAGCCGGCCACGGCCAUCAUCAUCAGACGCACCCAACAGCAAUCACCAACGCUGGCGACGGAGCGCACCAUCAUCAUUCGGCGCCAGGCGCGACACCAAGUGACAUACUUCCUGGUAUUUCAGUUCAAGUACAGAAAGUAAUACAAGGACUCGAAGAGAACGAGGACUCGCAGGGCGACGCACCCAACUUAAAGUUGGAGCCAGGCACAUUAGAAUUGUCCCCAAAGACCGAACUACAGGAAUCAAUGCAUUUCAGCGAAACCGACGCCACCAUCAAAAAGGAGCGCCCGUACAGUUGUGACGAGUGCGGCAAAUCCUUUCUGCUCAAACAUCAUUUGACAACACACGCACGCGUGCACACAGGUGAACGACCCCAUAUUUGCACACAUUGCGGCAAGAGUUUUGCGCACAAACACUGUCUGAAUACGCAUCUGCUGUUGCAUUCAACGGAUCGGCCAUAUCAGUGUCAGGAGUGCAAGAAGAGUUUCACACUCAAGCAUCAUCUGUUGACGCAUUCCCGGGUCCACAGCCGGGAGCGACCGUUCGUUUGCCAGGAGUGCGGACGAUCCUUUCCUCUCAAACGGCAUCUGGUCACGCACAGUAAAUUUCACGCCGGCGAACGUCCCUACGUCUGCGAGGAAUGCGGUGAGAGUUUCGCACAGGAGAACCAUCUGAUUAUGCACUCGCGCUUUCAUGGUUCAUUGAAUCCAUUUGUUUGUCCUGAUUGCGGUGCCUCGUUUCCACGCAAAUUUCAAUUGGUUAAUCACGGACGCAUACACGGCAAGAUACCACACUCCUGCACCGUUUGCGGCAAAGAGUUUCUACAGAAGCGCACACUAGUUUCCCACAUGAGGCGCGUACAUACCGGCGAGCAGGCGCAUCCUUGCGUCAGCUGCGGCGAAGGUUUCCUCACCAAGGCGGAACUGCAUCAGCAUGUGCGUGCGGCGCACAAUGGCGUCAAUCCCAAUACGAGCAGCGCCACCAUUAUAGCCAAUCAACAGAUACAACAGCCGCAUCAUCAUCCGGGACAUCCGCAGACCAUAACCGUUGUCAGCAAUCCGGCUAACUCAACGCUGCUCACCGUCUCCACAACCGAUGCGAAUGGCGUGGCGCGUCCACAAUUCGUUUGCCGUGAAUGCGGCAGCGCGUUUAAUAGUCGGGAGGCGCUCGCCUUGCACUUGCGACUGCACACCGGCGACAAGAGUCUGAUGACCGAUUUGUGUGCGCUAACAGCGGCCCUGCCGGGACACUUUUUGAGUACGGCCAGCUUAAAUCCGGGCACUGUGGUUACGGCCAAUCCGAAUAUGGUUGGGCAGAGUCCGGUGCCGGUGCAAAUCAUAUCAUCGACCGGUCAGGUGAUGUCGCAGACCACACUGGUGCAGGCCGCCAAUUCGACGCAUCCGCAAGCUGUGGUCACCGCCGUGCCCACAAUGCCCCUCCACGGGCAACAUCAUCUGCAGCACAUCCAGCAGCAGCAGCAGCAGCAACAACAUGUCGUCACCGUUUCACCGGCCAACAAACCCAAAUCGCAUUUCUGCGCCAGCUGCGGCAAGGGAUUCGCCGCGAAGCACGGCCUCAUGCAACACAAUCGCAGGCAUCCGAACGGCGGCUGCACGGUGCGCACCCAUGUCUGCGAGUGUGGAAAGGCGUUCUUCCAAAAGAAUCAUCUGAUGCUGCAUCAGCGCCAGCAUUUGGAAACGAAGCCAGCCAUAUCGCAGCAACAGGAGGCCGACGUGCAACAGCAGCAGCAGCAGCAACAACAAGCAGCAGCUGCGGCUGCAGCAGCAGCCGCUGGACAACAAUCCACACAGGUGGAGGUGCAAAUAUUGCCCGGUGGCCAUGCCAAGGUCAUCAAGUAUGAGAUCUGUCGAAAUGUCCUGCAGGAGGAGCAAUCCGCCCAACAGCAGCAGCAGCAACAACAACAACAGCAGCAGCAGCAGGCAUCAAUGCAUGCGGAAUAGUAAGGAAAAAAAGAGAGAGUGGAGCAGAUGAAGCCAGGGAAAGAUGAUGAUGAUGAUUACAAUUUUUAUUUUAUAAACGCAGUAAAUUUUGAGCAUUUUUGUUGUAACUUUUUGUAAAUAUUCAGAGCCAAUGUGCAAUUGCAAUUGCGGAAGGCGGAAGAUUGUUGCUCCCCGCACACACACACACACACACAAUCCGCCAGACACCUAUACAUAUGUACCACCCCACCCACAUACACACGCAUUAAUAUGUAGCAGGGCAGCUUUCCACGCAACACACACCCCACACACCGACACACAACAGCUAAAAGUGAAAGAGAGAUAUCCUUGGGCAAAUAAUAUGAAAUAAGCGAUUCCCUUAGUUUGUAUUAAUUUAGUUACCGUUUAGCUAUUAAUUAAAUAUACACCUAAAUAGUUAACUAGCGUAACACACACACAAACACACACACACACACACACACACAUACAUACAUAUGUACAUCAUCAAUAUACAAAAAUUAAUUUGUAACUAUAACUAAUUCUCUCCUGUUAAAAUUUUCGUGAUGCGUCGGUCGCAUCUAAAACAAGAACCUCGUCUUAAGUUGCAAAAGUUUUUACCUAAUUAGUUUUUAAUUGAAACAUUUUAAACAAAUACACACACACACACACACACACAUAAGUAUGUAUACACACAUUUAUAUAUUGCCUAACUGUAAACUGUGUAUACAUUUUAACAAAAAAAAAACAAAAAAAAAAACAAAAAGAAAAAGAAAAACAAACAAAUAUAUAUAUUAAAACUAAUUAUUAUGCAUAACAACAACUACGUUUAGUUCUAGGCACGCUAAAUAAUAAUUAUGGUAAAUACGUAAAAUAGACGAGAAAACAAAAGAAUAAAAAAGAAACAGCACUCAGCGUCUCGAUCAUGUUGUUGUGGGCGUGAUCGUGGGCGUUUGUCCAGCACACACACAGACACAUACAGACACAAAGAGACAUACACACAGAGACACUCGCUGUCGAACAUUUCAAGCUUGUAUAUAAAAUAAAAAUCAGUUAAACAACAUGCAACAUGCAACUCUACAACUAGAACUUAAGUCAAUAAAAAGAAACAGGUCUAAAUAAGAAGAAAACAUAUAGAGAUAUUUAAUUUGUAGCCGGUUCGAUUAGGCGCCCACGCCGUCAGCGAGACUUUGAGUAGGUGCCUGGCACAAUAACUAAAGCAUACUAUAUCUAAACUUGGAAGACGACAGCAAAGUAAAGAAAGUUAAAAGCAAAGGAAAUAUAUUAAAAUAUGAAUAGCUGUAAGUAACGUUAGUUGUAUAACAAAAUGAUAGACGACGACACAAAACACACCCACAAACACUGCAAAAAAAUAAAGAGCAAUUAGUUUAUAGACACACACAUACGCCCACACACCCACAUACACGCAAAAAAAAAACCCACACGUUCGCAGUUGCAGUUCCAUCAAUCAAUGCACGCUUUUUGUGGCAAAAACAAAAACAAAACAAAAAAAAAAAAGGAAAAAGAAACCAACAA